GUUUGCCUCGGUGCUAGCUGGCCGUCUACGGUAUUGCCACUGCAAGGCCACCGGGCAAGCAACCGCUCUUUCCCUCUCGCCCUUUUGGCCUCAUCUCUCCCUCUCCCCUUCCUCCCUCCGUCACCUUCUGCCAAAAAGGUGGAGACGCCGUCGUGUAACUGCGUCGGCGCCUCCGCCACCUGGCAGCCCCGAUGGCGUUUUCCUCCAACGCCCCUCGGUAGACGACGACGCCGACGAGGGCGCCCUUAUACCCUCCUCUCCCCGCCCUAACCCUAGACCCAAGAAGAUCAAGAGCGGAUCCCUAGCCUCAUCCAGAUCGAUCCAGAGGGGAGAGGAGGGACGACAUCGCCAUCUUCAUCGAGAUCGAUAUCGACAUGAGCCGCCAGGGAUACAUCACGCUUCCCAUCUUCGUCGUGCUCGCAACCGUGGCCUUCCUCUACUACUCGACCGUCUUCUUGGUGAUCGAUGAGUGGAUGGGGCUGCGGACCGCGGCGGGGCUGGGGAAUGCCAUUGUCUUCACCUUCCUUACCCUAAUGGCGGUGGGGAACUACUGCAUCGCUGUGUUCAGGGAUCCGGGCCGCGUGCCUUCGUCGUUCAUGCCCGACGUGGAGGAAGCAGAAAACCAGAUCCACGAAAUCAAGAGGAAGGGUGGAGAUCUGAGAUUUUGCCAGAAGUGUUCUCACUAUAAGCCUCCCCGUACGCAUCACUGUCGUGUUUGCAAAAGAUGUGUUUUGAGAAUGGAUCACCACUGUGUUUGGAUAAACAAUUGCGUUGGGCAUGAAAACUAUAAGGUCUUCAUUAUUUUUGUGCUGUAUGGUGUGAUUGCCUGCAUCCACUCAAUGGUUCUUUUUGUUGGAAAUUUUAUUCAUGAUGCGCAGAAGGAUCAGCCACAGAGUAGUUACUCUAAUAAAACAACAUGUAUCAUUGGUGGAGCUAUACUGUUUCCCUUAGCUCUGGCGUUAAGCGUCCUAUUGGGUUGGCAUAUAUACCUUAUCUUGCAGAACAAGACCACAAUUGAGUACCAUGAAGGAGUCAGAGCCAUGUGGCUGGCAGAAAAAGUAGGAAAUAUGUAUAGACAUCCAUAUGACCUUGGUGUCUACGAAAACCUUGUUUCAGUGCUAGGGCCUAACAUCUUUUGUUGGUUAUGCCCUGGGUCGAAGUUCAAAGGCUCUGGUCUCCGAUUUCGCACUGCAUUUGACCUUCCAAUAUCUACAACACUAACUUGACCUAUCAAGUGGCAAAGAUAGAGUAGUUUGUUAGUAGAAGAUGGAAACCAUGUAAAUUUGUGGUUGAGCGUCAUUGGGAGUGCCAAUUACAAUCGUAAAGUACUUGCUGUACGUUUUUGGUCUGACAUGAGGGCUUCAUGUUACUUCUGCGGGCUGUUUAUAAACCAUAUCGGGGUAGGCAGAGGGAGUGUCCUUUGCAGGGGGAAUAUUCUGGGGUCUGUAAGUUUAUGUUGUUAAUAAACUAUAAUAGUCCAAGGAAAUAUAUUGUGAAUGGAACAUCGUGAA